CCCUUUAUUUGUUGUUUCCACUGAAGGGACCUGAUGAGUAAAGGUAAGAAUGCAGACAGAGUUCUGUGCAUGUGUGUGUGUGAGUGUGAAACAGAGAAGCCAGGAGAGGCAGUGAGGGAAGUGUUUGUGGACAGAAGGGGAAUCCUGGCACGGGCACAGCUGGGCCAUGCUGCCGAGUUUCUAUAGAAACAGUUUGCCAUACAAAGUGGUACUCUGUCCUCCAGGGAGCUGCCACACGCUGUGACUCUGCUGCUUUUCUGUGCUGCUGCACGCUCACCUUGAUUUCAUCUUUUUCCAUUAGUGAGUGGAGAGAGCUGCAACUGCAGUGCAAGUGAAAAUAUGCAGACUAGAAGAGCUUUAGCUGCUGUUUUUUUUACAAAAGAAAUGCCAUAUUGCUCACUUUUGGCAAUCAGAUGGAUCCCCGGGGGUUUUAAAGGCGGUGCACAAAUACAUUUUUGGCUUCUUCUGUGGUGAAUUCAGAUGGAUGCAGUUCCUACAUGGGUGUAAACUAACAGUUUAAGAAGCUGAAAUGGAACGUUCUGGAAAUGGUUUAAAAACAAGCAUGCACUGAAAAAAAAAGUGCAAUCACAUGAUGUGCUGACAUAAGAAGGUUUGUGAAGUGUGUGAAGAGUUUGAAAAGAAAAACAGCAGCUACUUUGGAGCUGGCUGAUGGCGAUGUGUACAAAGACGCGGGGAUGAAAGUUUCCAGAUUUCUGAUGUUCGUUCUUCUGCUCUCAGCUAUGUUGACAUUAUAUCUACUGUCGUUUGGCUUCUUAAUAAAUUUCUCAUGUUUUAUUAGAGCAUCAGAGAGCACACUUAGUUGGAGUUUUCGUAUUUCUAAAUGUAUGGAAAACAUCUGUACAUGUAUAUAUAUAAUAUACACUAGAUGUUAGAGAAAAUCUUGGCAUAACCUUUGUGAUUAUUGUGCUUAGUCACAGUUACAGGACUCAGAUGAGUGAAGUCGACUGGGGAUGAUGUAACUUUUCAUCAUGACUUUUUUUAAAAAGUGGUUUUAUGAAACACUAGUUUUUUUCUUUCUUUCUUUUUUUGGUAAAGGAAUGAUGGGCUGUUCUGCCAAAAAAAAAAAAGGUUGGAAAGAGCUCAUCAUCAGUGAUGAAAAGGGCGUUAUGAAACUGAAAAUUUUUGAGAUAUAACCUAAAACUCAUACUAAUUCCUAAGACUUUCUACUUUUCCUUUAACCAAAUAAUUCUAAACUUUAAAUAUAUAUAUAAAGCAAACUGUUUAAUAGCUGCACCUGAAAAAUAUCAGCAGUAAAGUAAGAUUGUGUUAUUUUUUAGUAAUGUUUAACUUUUAUCUCACCAGUACUUGGAUAUAUCUUUUUAACCUUGCAAACAGCUGUUGAGAACGUAAUACCACCACUUAGUAGGUCCACAUGGUUUUCAUCAAGUCCAGUAAGACAAAAGUCUCUGAUGUUUAAAAUAUGCAGAUCCAGUUCAAAGUCACAGUAGAUUUUGUUUGUUUUAAAGCUUUGCAACAGAGUGUUUGUGUCAUGUACUAGCAGUGAUCUCUGUCCUACCAUCCUAAGUAUAGUUCUCAUGCUGAUAACGAUCAGAUUAACUCAUUGAGGUCAUAAAUAACAAACUGGUGAAUCAGCCAUUGUGGAUAUUGAGUCUUUAAUUGUUUGCCAAACUUCUGGUCAUAACAGCAGAACGACAGGAAGGAAAUCUGGCUCUGGAUUUAAACGAGGGGUUGCAAGGCUCUGAGAGGGAAAAUGAAGGGCAGUGCCAGGGAAUGCUGUCAGAGAAAUGUUCAGAUUUGUUAUUUCAAGCAUUUUAGAUAUGAGGCUCAUUCCUGCGCCAUGAUUUAUAUCAAACUGAUCAAAGGCAAAGAGAAAGAGCACUGGAAACAAAUGGUGCCUCUGUGAUGAGAGUUUGUGUUUUUCUAAAUCUUUGUGAUACUUAUUUGCAGGGCUUUGCUCAUGAUAUAGAGGAUAACGAUUUAGCCAUAGUUACCAUGGCCUGAAAAAGAUCGUUUCACUUUGAAAAGUGAAUUAGAUUCACUGAAGGGUAAAUACCUGGAAUGAUAAGCCAAACAACAGCGUGUAUGUGUGUGUUUCAGUCUCAGUGUGACGUAAUUUCAUUGUCCACGUACAGAAAAAGUAUCCCUCUCCCUCCUGAUUUAUUAAUGUUUUUGCAUAUUUGUCACGUUUUCAUGUUUCAGAUCAUCAAACAGAUUUUAAUACCAAAAUACAGUUUUUAAAUGAUGGCUUCUCUCAAUAAGAGAAAAAGUUAUCCACACCUACCUGGCCCUCUGCGAAAAAGUAAUUGCCCCCCAAAUUUUAAUAACUGGCUGUGCCUCCCUUGGCAGCAAGAACUGCAGUCAAACAUAACUGAUGGCAGGGAUGGGAACUGAGAAGAAUUAACUGAUUCCAUUAUUAGUAUUACUUAUCGAUUCUCACUGGGAUCUCACUGGCUUUGUUUUGAGAGUCACCACCAUCUCUAACCAUCAUGUCGAUAUUACAUUCAUGCAAAUGAAUUGCUUUGUGCUUUGUCAAAUGUUUGUGCAUGUUGUGGAGUUAUUUCUCCCCCUUGUUGUGUUCAGUGGUGGGUCAUUACUCAAAAAAGUAAAUAUUACAAAUAUUACACAGAACACUUUCAUUAAAGGUGAUGCAGUACAUUACUUAGUUACUUACUCGUUACUUUUUUUUUCAUAAAAUGAGCUGAAAAGCUUUGCCUCAUAAUUAACAUUUAACAAGAUACACCUUCAGGCUACAGUCCUACACACCAAUGCAAAUCUUGAUCCUAAUGAGGACAGACAUAUGAACACAAACACAAUGCUGACAACACAACACAAGCAAAAAGAGACUUUAAAGUGAUUGCCACAAUGAUUCUACUGUAGAAACAUGAACAGGUAAAAACUGCUCAUCAGUUUUUUUUACCUGUUGAAGUUAAGGGUCUGACUCCUGGGCUUGGGCAUAUACUCAUAACAUCUCUCUGUGUUUUUGGCUAGCUUAGUAUUAGCAUGCUGUCUGUACAGGUGCUUGCAAAAACCUGAAGCUGUGUUAGCAGCAUAAUGCAGCUGUUUCUGUCUACUGUAACAUCGUGCUCUCGUCCUAUUAUGCAAUGAAUUGAAAGUAAAGUCCAUAUCCACGCUGCAGACUGUGCCACUGUUUUCCUCCUCCUGCAUGUGAACUUAGAUCAGCUGAUAAUCAGCUGAUUGUUGUUUGAGUGCUACAACUGAUAACAGUGAUCCACAGGCAAGCAAACCAACAAUUCCAAGAAACUGAACUACUGGGAACUAGUUCUCUGCAAGAACUGUUUCUCGAUUCCCUUCCCUAACUGACAAUGAUGUUCUUACGUUACUGUGGAGUAAUUUUAGCACACUCUUCUUUUCAGAAUUGUUCCAGACACAUUCAAGGGUCUAAAUCUUCAUUUUUUUUGUACUUUUCUGAGCCAUUCAGAGGUGGAUCUUGUGGUGUGUUUUGGACUAUUGUGCUGCUUAAUAACCCGAGUGAGGUUAAGCUUCAGGGUACAAACGGAUAGCUGGACCUUCUUCGGGACUUUCUGGUAGAGAGCAGGAAUCAUGGUUCCAUCAAUUACGGCAAGUCGUCCAGCAGCAAAGCAGUCCCAGACUAUCACACCACCAUAUUUGACUGGUGGUAUGAUGUACUUUUGGCUAUGUUAGUUUUACACCAGAUGCAACGAGUCUUGUUAGUCCACAGAAUAUUUUCCCAGGCCAGGACAAUGAAGGCUGGUGCAAGACUCCUGUCUGCACUGACUCUGCUUCUCCUACUGGGGGCAGUGUUCACACAGAGGCCUCGGCCAAAGAAGCCCACCAGGCGCCCAGCUACCCCCAGAAAGCCUCCUGCUCGUCUCCCAACUGUACCACCCCAGCCUGAGCCCAAGGAACCAACAGAUUUCCCCCCACCCAUCCUGGGCCCACCUUCCAUCUUUCCUGACUGCCCCCGGGAGUGUUUUUGCGCCCCAAGCUACCCGAAUGCGCUCAACUGCGAGAACCGGAACAUUCGUGUAAUCCCAGCAAUCCCAUCCAGGACUCAUUACCUGUAUCUCCAGAACAAUUACAUCUCUGAGAUAACCUCGGAGCCCUUCCUCAACGCCUCUGAGGUCCGCUGGAUCAAUCUAGCAAACAACCGUAUUCAUCAGAUAGAUAAGCAGGUGUUUGAAAAGCUUCCAGCACUUCUGUAUCUCUACGCCCAACGAAACCAGCUUAAUGAAGUCCCUUCAGGCCUCCCAGAAACUCUGGAACAGCUCCGCCUUAGUAGGAAUCGUAUUUCCAAGAUCCCACCUGGGGCCUUCAACAACAUGGGGAGCCUGACUAUGCUCGAUCUGUAUCACAACCAGCUGAGUGACAGUGGCCUGGGUAAGAACAGCUUUAAGGGCCUUACGAACCUGGUGCAGCUCAACCUGGCUCAUAACACGCUGAAGAAGAUGCCUACUAGUAUACCAACCAGCCUCGUGCAGCUUUUCUUGGAUAGGAACCGUAUCGAUGACAUCCCAAAAAACUACUUUGACAACCAUGCUCACCUGGCUUUUGUGAGGCUGAACUACAACCAGCUGAGUGAUAAAGGAGUUCCCAAGAAUGUGUUCAAUGUCUCCAGCCUGCUAGACUUGCAACUGUCCCACAACCAGCUCGCUUCGAUUCCUUUGUUCAACGGUCACCUGGAGCACCUGCAUCUCGACCACAACAGCAUUGAGAACAUCAAUGGCACCCAGAUCUGCCCAUACAGCGUGCAAGCUGACCCGAGUGAUAUGAGCCAGGUUCCCAAGCUAAGGUAUCUCCGUUUGGAUGGAAAUCACCUGAACCCUCCCAUCCCUCUGGAUGUCAUCAUGUGCUUCAGGCUCCUUCACUCUAUUGUCAUUUAGGAAAACCAUGCCUAAAGGCAUGGGGGCUUGCACAUGCAGUACUGUGCAAAAGUCUUGAGCUACGCAGCAUUUCUUUAUAUUUUGCUAGGAAAGUGUGAAAAAUGUGCUUUCUUCUCAUUUCUUUAAGUGGUCUCCAGAAAUUGUUGUCCGGGCUUCUUAAAAGACAUUCAAAGCUCUUCCUUGAAUGUUGGCUGCCUUUUGUUCUCUUCCCUAUCAAGAGGAUCCCACACUGCUUCAGCAAUUUUGAGGUCUGGGAUCUGGAGAGGCCAAUCCAAGACUGACAGUGUUUAAUUGGGUGUUUUUCUGUCCUGGUAUCUUUUACUGCUCUGGCAGUGUGUUUGGGAUCGUUGUCAUACUGAAAGUUGAAGCUUCUUCUAAUCAGAUACUUUGCAGAAGGUACCACGUGGUGGAUCAAAAUCUGACCGUACAUUUCUGUAGUAUUGAUGUCAAUUGACUUGACAAGAUCCCCAACACCACUCGCUGAAAUGUAGCCACAAGCCAUGACAGGGCCUCGGCCAUGUUUGGCUGCAGUCACAAACUGUGUUACAUCUUUCUUAUUGACUAUAAUUUGAACUAAAAAAUUCAAAUUUUUGUUUCAAAGAAGACCCGUUGGGACUGAUAUUUGGUCCAAUUCUUGUGUAAUUUGACAUACCUUAACAUUUUCUCCAUUUUACUUCUUAACAGCCACUCUUCCAUUUCUUAUGAGGCUUCAGUGAACAGUAAACGAACUGAAGGGUCAGAUGCAUCUCUCAGGUCAUGUUUCAGAUCUUUGCUGGAUUAUUUGAACUAUUUCUUUUGAAUAUAACUUUCAGAAAAACUUUUAAAAGAUUUUAAGAUCUUGGAGAAUUGUUGCUCACUGCUAUAAAGAAUUAAAAGAAAGUCUGGCUCCAAAACAACAAGAAAUGAGGGGUGGCUCAAGACUUUUGCACAGUACUACUGACACACACACACACACACACACACACACACACACACACACACACACACACACACACACACACACACACACACACACACAUCCAUGAAAACAUAGACUCACUUUGUACUAGGUGCAUUUCAUUGCAAAGUAUGGUGUUUAUCAGCAGUAGACGCUGUGGAACUGUAAUACUGAGAGAGGGACUGCAAAUAACUGCAAAACUUGGAUGGUUCAAACUUUUUUAAUUGUGAUGACAAAUUUAACUAUUGCCAUUUUUUGGACAGUCCCAACAUUAAACUACAAAUCAGCAUAAACUGUGGCUAUGCUGACAUUUAGAGUUAGGUUUCUGCAGUAGUUGCAGUUUAUCAGUGUUUUUUGUUUACAAAACUUCAUGUAAAGAAAAAAGUGAAAAAUAUAGCUUGAGCAAAGCCUGAAAACACAGGGACAUUUACAGACAUGCUACAGACAUAAACGGUAGUUAAGUUCACAAGAAUAGGUCAACAGAGUGGGGCAGCCGUCAGAGGCAAUGAAUAAAUAUGCAGUGUAAGUUAAAAGAGAUAACCAGCUUUAAAUAACUAGCUCCAUGUAGUUAAAACAGUUUCAAAUGUGCCUGUGAUUUUCAAGAUACUCUUUGUAAAAAUGUCAUUUUAUUCUUGUUAUCCCUAAUCUUUUGUAUAAUAUUCUUCUGUAUAAAGAAGCUUUGUACAAACAAUGGAAAAUAAAAGUUCUCCUUGAUCAUCUGAAAA